GCACCCCUAUGCACUGCCACGAGGACUUGGUCAGCUAUCUCAGCUGCGGGAUGAUGCUGGCAGGACUCGGACACUUGGUUCAUCACAAGAAGAUACAGACCUCCUUCGGACGCCACAUGGGACGCUCUCCUCCGGCGAGGACGGUCCCGGCCAGACUGGCUUGGUUCCUCCAGGAGAUGCCCGCGCUCCUGGCCCCUCUGCUCCUCACGCUCAGCAGGCACAGACCCUCCACUGCUGGGAAGAACCUGCUGCUCUGGACCUUUUGCAUGCACUACUUUCAAAGGACCUUUGUCUAUUCCCUGCUGACCAGAGGAACACCUUUCCCACUGGGCGUGAUGCUGUCAGCGGGCGUGUUCUGCUCCCUGAACGGUUUAUUGCAGGGCCACUAUCUGCUGCACUGCCAGCUGGAUGAAGAAUGGCCAGCUGACUAUCGAUAUAAAAUUGGCCUACUGCUGUUUUACAUUGGAAUGGCCAUGAACGUACAUAGUGACUAUAUUCUACGCAACCUGAGGAAACCAGGCGAAGUAGUUUACAAGAUACCCACAGGAGGCUUGUUUGAAUACGUAUCUGGUGCCAACUACCUAGGAGAGAUAGUGGAGUGGUUUGGCUAUGCGGUCGCCACCUGGUCCCUUCCGGCACUCUCAUUCGCCGUGUUUAGCCUGUGUUUUAUUGGACCAAGAGCCUACCACCAUCACAGCUUUUACCAAGAGAAGUUCAAAGACUAUCCCAAGUUACGAAAGGCUUUAAUUCCAUUUAUUUUUUGAGAGAAAAAUAACCUGACUGUCACCUUGUAAGGGCAGACAUCAACUCGAACCAGCAGCCAAACACACAAGCACAGCGCGAGAGUCCAUUUCCGGUUCCUUUUGUAUUUUUAAACUGAAAUCAUGCCAAUUUUACUGCACAACAAUCUGUUUUGGUUUUGAUUACAGUUAUUAUCCAAAACCAUUAUGCAGUCAUUGACUGUUCAAUUUUUUAAUAUAAAAAAUGCUACGGGAACAAAAAUGCAUAAAAGACAUUGAUGAAUAUAUUUUGUGAUAUGCUAUACACGUUUUUUUUUAUGCAGAUAAAAAAAGGUACAGACUGCAAAAGAACAGAGCAAAUGUCAAAUCUCAUCCCUCUGAAUGUAACUGAGCUCUGAUCUCAAUUUGUCUGACACAUUGUGAUCAGGGAGGCAUUUGUGAAACCUUCAUUUGCCAGAUGUUGGUCUGGUAUUUUCAUAGCUGCCAGGUUGUGAAAUUAUUUCAGCAAAUCAGCAGGUUGAGACUGGUAAUACCUUGCCUGGUAAUCCUUUGCCUGUAACAUAAUGUGAUUACCAAUUGCUUGGUAUGAUGUUGGCUAAAAAUGUGGCAACUGUGCAGCACCACCUAUUGCUGACUAAAGACAACUGCAGCAGAAACAUGCUGGUGUGGGUCAAAGUGGA